AUAUAAAAAAGUAAAGCCUAAUUUAGAUAAAUAAGAUAGAAAAUUUUUAAAAUGAUAAACUAUUGCCUGUUAUUAGCCUUUAUAAUAUUGUAUUAAAUAUCAUCAUCAUUCUAAUUAUCACCAUCGCCUGGUCCUAUAAAAAUAAAAUUUUAACCUGCUACUCCUGCUACUACUAUACCUUAAACAUAAUAAGAUAUAGUCAACUCAGCAAUAAUCUUUUUUUAGAAUCUAUUAAUAAUGAAUUAAUAAGCAGCAAAUUAUGAUGUAUUAAUUAAUAUAAAUAAUUCGGAUACUACUAAAUGUGUUAAUUAAAUGCCAUUUACUAUUACGGGUGCAAGUACAUUGCCAUUUGAUGGAACUAUUUAUUUCUGUAACCUAGCAAACGCUUAGCUUAACAAUAACUUUACUUUCAAAAAAAUGGUAGAUAGUGUAAUACAUGGUAUAAUGAAAAUAAUUACGUUUUCUUCUGCGUUUAAAAUAAAACCUUCUUCUUGUACAACAAAUUGCUACGCUGAUGAUUCAGCUUAUAUUAAUUUAUAAUCAUUAUUCAAAUAAAUUUACAAUAAAAGCACAUUUGCUAAUAUGCCAAUGGCAUCAUACACUACACCUUCAAGUUAUUAUCUUUGGAGCAAGUAAUACGCUUAUGAUGAUUUAAUGACUGAUAAUUAUAGUACAGAAAAUAAAUUUUGGAGUGCAUUUAACAAUUAAAUACUAAAAGAUAUAAAAGAUAGCUCCAAUAAUCCCCUUUUUUAUAGUGUGAAUGAUUAAAUGAAACAAUAAAUAAUAACUCCUCUAUUAGGUUCUGAUAAUUGCUAGUAAUCAAAUGAGCUAUUUUGUACAAGUUCUCAGUAAAAUUUGUCUUGUAAUGCUUCUUUGACAGCAAAAUCUUCAUGUUAAUCUAUUGAUUAAACUUCUAAUUCAUGCAUGGUAUAUUAAACUAUUACAUAGGGUAAUUGUUUAGAUCCUUAAUUAAAUAAAGAUCUCGCAGGUUUGAUUUCAACUUCAGGUACUUAUGAGUAUUAUGGAUAUGAUUCUAGGUGUUUCUUAAGUGAUAUUUAAGAUAUUUCAGCUACAGUGUAUAUUCAACCAGUUCGCUGUUAUAAAUAUUCAUGUGAUGAUAGCAAUAAUGUUUACAUCUAUCUAGAUUAGUCUACUAAUGGGAAUUAACCAAAUAUAGAUAUUGUUACUUGUACUGUGUAGAUGUAGGGCAGUUAAUAACUUUUCAGUAACUAAAAAUACUACAGUAAAACAGGAAUAACCUGCCCUAAAAAUAAUGCUAACUUUUGCUAAGGUAUGCCUAAGUAGUGUAAAAAUUAUUGCUCUUCAAAAGGAGUAUGCGUAAAUGGAAAGUGUAAAUGUGUUUAAAAUUAUUAUGGAGACGAUUGCUCUUGCUUUUAACUAAGUUAAGAGAAUGGAAAAUGCGUUUAAAGUUGCUCUAAGAAAAUGAAAUAAGCAAACGAUGGAUCUUAAAUUUGUGUUCCAUUAUGCUAAGAUGGCCAAUUCUUUUAAACUGCUACUGGGUAGUGUUAAAAGUGCGAUUAAAACUGUAAAACUUGUUGGGAGAAAUCAAGUAAAUGUGAUUCUUGUGAUACAGCUAAUGGAUUUAUACUGUUUACAGAUAACACAUGCAAAUAAAGUUAUCCCAACUAAAAGUGCUAAAUAAAUUAAUAUUAUGAUGGGGCAAAAUGCAGUCCUUGCAGUACUAGCUGCCAGUCUUGUGCAAUUAAUUCUACUUUUUGUACAUCAUGCCUUUCUAACUAAUUCUUGCAAAAUGGUACUUGUUAAAAUUGUCCUUCUAACUGUUUAGCUUGUAGUGGAAUAUAGCUCUGCACUUAAUGUGCUCCUAACUUUUAUUUGAAUCAAUUGUUAAAUGAGUGCAUUUCUUCAUGCAGUACAGGGCUUUUUGCAUACAAUAGCACUUGUGUGUAAACUUGCCCAAGUGGAUAUUUUGGAAAUACAACUAACAAUACAUGUCAAUAAUGUGAUCCUACUUGCUUAACAUGUACCCAAAGCAGUACGUAAUGUACUAGUUGUGCAUAUUACAGGUAACUGCAAGGUACUUAAUGUGUUGACUUCUGUCCUUCAAAUCAAGUAUGGGUUAGAAAAUAACCAGGUGGUUCAAAUUGGAGUUUUGAAUGCAUUGCUUGCUCACUAUAAUAAAAAUGUAAUUAAUGUUUAGGAAGUCCUACCUAUUGCACAGACUGCUUACCAUCGUUUUAUUUGCUUGACAGUGAUUGUUUAACAGUAUGUACAAGUUCUUACUACGCAGAUGAGAGUUAAAGAAAGUGUAUAAAAUGUGAUGCUUCUUGUUUAACAUGCUAAAAUUCAUCUAAGAAUUGUACUUCUUGUCCAUAAGGAUUUUAUUUGAAAGGAGGUUAAUGCGUCUCUUCAUGUGGAAGUGGCUUCGUUCCAAAUAAUGACACUUAAAACUGUGAUGCAUCCAACAAAACUUCUGAUUAAAAUUCUAGUUCCUCUUCAUCAUCUUAACAAAGCUCUAGUAGACUUUAAUUAAAUUUAUUAAUGCUAUUAAUGUUCACUUUUAUGCUCUUAACAGUGUAUUGA